GGAGAGGUUGCCUUCAGGAUGGGAUCCCAGGCUGCGCCUUCUCCCAGGGUACGGUGGGGCUUCUGGAGGGGGCGGGCAGGUUCUCUGGAGCCAGAAGCCCGGAGCCGCCCAGAAAUUUUGGCUCGUACUUUGCGAUCCCGGGGAGGCGACUCCGGACAGACUGCACUCGGUGGCUCGGUACCAUGCAGCCGCUGCUCUGCGCGCUGGCCGGGCUCGCUCUGCUCCGCACUGGGGCGGGCGAAUGGGACCAAGGACCCAGGGACAUCCUCGGACGGCGAGCUGUUGAGUCUACCAGUUCCUCCAGAGAAGAGCUACCUUGGAGCCCAGGUUGUGACAGACAUAUGGCUGUCCAAGGCCGUUUAGAUGUCAUGGAAGAGAUGGUGGAGAAGACGGUGGAGCACCUGGAGGCAGAAGUGACAGGUCUGCUGGGCCUGCUGGAGGAACUGGCUUCAAACCUACCCCCAGUCCUCAGUCCUCAACCUGACCUGCUUGGAGACGAUCUCUUCUGACCACCAGGGGUCAGAAGCCAGGAGCCUGUCAUCCCUUUGAGAACCAAGCCAGAUCUUGCCUUCCUGCCCUGCAUGUGAAUAAAAGCUACUUAGGCUGCUGUGUCUGCUCUUGUUUUGACCUCUGAAACCAGAGCCCCAGCUCUUUCUAUCUUGCACCAAGCCCCACAUGCUGUUCUAGCCCUAAGUGCUGGAUAACCUGUGUGUCCAAACUUCCAACCUUCUAGGGACAAACCACAGAGACUGACUCACAGAAUGUGAGACUCCUGAGGCCUCGAGUGGU